GUCAGUUGGGGGGGGGGGGUGGUUGUUACUUAUUCACUUGUUGUGGAGUUUAAGGUUCGGGUCUGGCCGGUUUUUUAUAUAUAUAUUUCAAGGGACACACACGCGUUGCACGUUAGAGCGGUUUGGUCAUAAUUCCUCUUGUUGCACCACCACCACCCUCCUCCAUCACCACCACCACCACCCUCCAUCACCACAACCACCCUCCACCACCACCACCACCCUCCACCACCCUUGCGCAAGUCUUGCGAGUGCGUGAGUGGAGUCACAAGUGGUGACGGUAGUCGCGCAGUCUCGUGGUUGGUAGCCUAAACUUGUCUUCCUGCUGUGUCUCUCUCUCUCUCUGUCUCUCUCUCUCUCUGUCUCUCUCCCUCUGAGUAUUUUAUUUCGGAGUGAGCUGAAGCGCAGUGGCGAGAGCCGUUUGGCACUCCGAACCCGGGUCCCCCCCCCCCCAUACCCACUCGCGGUUAACACCGCGUGGCGAUUACAUCCGAGCCGGUUCGUGCGCCUCCCCUAGGUCAACUCGGCCUUAAAAAAACCCCCACAUCAACGGUGGUGUGAGACCAAGAGAGGUGACCGAGUUCGCAGCGUUGGUUGGCUCAACCCCUGCCUGCGUGUGGCGUCGUGCCCAGCCUCUACAUUCGGUGAAAGUCGCGACCAGCAGCACCUGCCCCCCCAACAUGUUCCGGUACCUCUUGAGUCGCCGUGCCCUGCCAGCCAUGACAAGCGCUGCCUUCGUCGCCGAUUCUGAGACGAGGAACCGAAGAGACUCGGCGAAGGGCGGCAGACGUGCACCCUCGACACAACAACAACCACAACCAUCACCAACAUCAUCGGAACUCGCAAAGGAAUAUUAUCCUUACAGAAAACUGUCUGUACGAGUGAUCAAAGCUGUGAACAUACAUGGAAAUGACAUAUUCAGCAAACCCGACUGCUACGUGCAGCUGAAUCUUCCCACCGCGUCUGCCAAGCCGGUUUCCACCAAAAUUAUCAACAACUCCAGCAAUCCACAAUGGGAUGAGACGUUCUUCUUUCAGGUCCACACGGCACUUACGAACGUGCUGGAGCUCACCGUGUACGAUGCUGACAUGAUGAAGGAUGACAUCAUCUCAAAAUUGCUGGUGGACGUCGAAAGUUUGGAAGUUGGAGAGAAAAUCCACAAAAACUACAUUCUUGACGAGAAGGACAAAACGUCGCUUGAGGUGGAGCUUAAGUUGGAAGAGAGUGAUUCUCCAGAUUGCCCUGUGUAUACCAAUGGGAUCCUUUCGAUUCGGCCCUGCUUGGAGCUCAUUGUCGCUCUGCAACACGUGGAGGAGAAAGGCAAGCAGGAGUGUGAAGAAAAGAUGCAGUAUUUAUCCGUGUCGGUUCCGCCGUCAUACGAGCGCGAGAGGCUCACCCCGUGCUGGUCACCGCUGGUCACUGUUCUGGAUGAGAACCUGACCUUCCACGUCGAUUCUGGUUUCCAGUCGGCCAAGCUGAACGUGGGCCUCUACAAGGACCACAACAUCAGUGAACAGUUCCCAGAGAAGAGUGUGCUUGGCACAAGAUCGGUGCCCCUCACCUACAAGAAUCUGAUUGAAAACGUGGGAGUGCAGGUGCCACUUGGCAAAGACGAGGAAACGGAAGUGGACCUUACCUUAAAAUAUAAAUCCAGAGGCGUACCUGCUCUUCGCCUUGGGUUUGACCUCUCAGAUGGCGAGAAAGAAUUUCUGCAAAAAAGGAUGAAAGUGAUGCCAGGAGCUUUCCAAAAGUUUCUUAAUCUCAAGGUGACACCACAAGAAAAGGACGUGCCUGUGGUGGCAGUGUUGGGUUCUGGGGGUGGCCUGCGAGCCACGAUCUCCCUGCUUGGCUGCCUCCUGGCCCUCGAGGAACAAGGUCUACUCGACUGCAUCACCUACAUGAACGGUGUCUCUGGAUCCACCUGGUGUAUAUCCAAUCUGUACCAGCAACCGCUCUGGGGCAAGGGAGAGACAAGUGGAAUCGCGCAAGAGAUUCAGGAAUUGAAGGCAUGCACCAUAGCUCCUAAGUAUGGUGCCUUCUCACCGGAGACCCUCUUGAAAUUCCGGAAUGCUAUGACUGACAAGAAGGAAGACAACCAAUUCGUUUCUCUCACGGACCUCUGGGGCCUCGUGCUGCAGUGGAUCUUUGGCAAACAGGAAAAACUGGUCAGGCUGUCAGAUCAGCAGAAAGUGGUUAGCACUGGACAGGUGCCAUACCCAAUCUACUCUGCAAUCAAUGUAAAGUCCACUGUCAGCACGGACGAUUUUGCAGAGUGGGUAGAGUUCACGCCACAUGAGGUGGGGAUGCCAAAAUAUGGUGGUUUUGUGCGCACAGCUGACUUUGGGAGUGAGUUCUACAUGGGCAAUUUGGUGAGGCGCCAUGCUGAACUACCACUGCAUUACCUGCAAGGGUUGUGGGGGAGUGCAUUUGCAGCAAGUCUGGACCGCAUUUACCUGGAUGCAACUGGAAGCAGCUUGAAAUUGCUGAAAUCUUUUAAAACUAAGAUCAGUGCACUGGAUGACAAGGCGCAAGGUCACCUUGCCACCAAAGUGGUGACGCCCGUGAGCUGGCUCUCGAGCGCACUCGGCAACAUCUUCUCCAAGCAUCGUGCAGGACAGAACUUUAACUUCCUUUCUGGAUGCUUCCUGAGUCGCAACUACCCGACGUCCUCACAAUUUCUAACCAAGGAUGUGGCGAACUUUGAUAGCCAACCCAACCAACUUACUCCAUUGGAGAAUAAUAUCUUCCUUGUGGAUGCUGGACUCAAACUGAACUCUGCAUUCCCACUCGUGAUGCGGCCCCAGCGGAAUGUGGAUGUCAUAAUUUCCUUUGACUUCAGCUGGCAGACGCCAUUCACGACCCUGACGUUGACCAGCAAGUACUGCCAAGAGCAUGGCAUCCCAUUCCCAAAGAUCGAUAUACCGUCGUGCAAUCUUGACGAUCUGCACGAGUGCUACAUCUUCUCCGAUGAGUCAGAUCCACGGGCACCCAUUGUCCUGCACUUCCCGCUCAUCAACAACAGCUUCCGCAAAUUCAAAACUCCUGGCAAUCCGCGGGUGACUCAAGAGGAGUGCUCCUUUGGUGAUUUCGACGUCUACAUGAGCAACUCGCCCUACAGGACCUUCAACUUCACCUACUCGGAGCUAGAGUUCGACAGGCUGAUCGCACUCAACCACUACAAUGUUGUCAACAAUCUGCCGGCAAUACGGCAGGCACUGCAAAGUGCCCUUAAGCGCACUAAACGAAGGGCGUUGCCGGCCAAUAGCGAAAUUUGACCAAAACUGAUCCCAGUAAUCUCAGGAAGGCAUGGAUAAUCUUACUGGUUUUAUUUAAAGCACAAUAUUAAAUAGUACAUUAUCUUUAAUACAUGUCAAGAUGUACGCUAUUUUAUGCGGGUUAUUAUAUUUGAUGUGUGUGUUGCAAUUUGGGCUAUGUGUUUUUUUAAUUCUGAGAAAUGUGCAUACAAGAUGUCUAUAAAAAUUCUCACUAAAAAGGCAAUCGGAAAAAAUUAAAACGGUAUGGAAGUCUAAAACACUUUAAAAGCAUCACAAACAAUUUAUCAGGUAAAAUACAUUCUUCAAUGUGCAUCAUUGUAUUUGUGAGGUUGAACAUCCUAACAGCACAUUCACCAAUAAUCCAGUUUGCAGGGAAUUAUCAAAGAAACUGCUUGUUGCAAAGCGAAUGUUAAAAUACCCUGUAAAAUUCCCAAUGUAGCCCAAUGAGUUGAUCAGUAAAAAAACUUACAUGUUUUACAUUCUGCAAUAACAAAAUAAAUAUACACAUAGAAU